UUUCGAGACACAUGACAGCUAAAUGAUUAGAUCAGAUGUUUAUAAUUUCUCCAAAUUUUGAGAUUAAAAUGGUGAUAUUUUAAAUACGAUAAAAGUGUCACACAUUGAUGACAAUGUAUAAAUCAUUAAUAAACUUAAGUAAAAACGAACUUAGAAGUAUAAGACAGAAAUCUAGUCUGGAAGCUCUAAAGGAACGAAUUAAAAAUGGUCCCGCUUUGCAAGAAUUUAUCGAAAGCACUGAUCCAGUACUAAAAGAGGAUCCAGCUACUUGGGCAGGAUAUGAGGGCAAGUUAAAACGCGAGAAGGGAGAAGAAAAAAGAUUAAGAUUACCUCCUUGGUUAAAAAGAACCAUACCCACAGGAACAAAUUACAGUAAAAUCAAAGACCAAUUGAGAAACCUUAACUUGCAUACUGUGUGUGAGGAAGCCAGGUGUCCUAAUAUAGGUGAAUGUUGGGGUGGAGGGGAACAUGGCACUGCCACAGCAACAAUAAUGUUGCUGGGUGACACAUGUACAAGAGGGUGUAGAUUUUGUUCUGUCAAAACUUCAAGAACACCUCCUUUGCCAGAUCCAAACGAGCCUGAAAAUACUGCUAAAGCAAUUGUUUCGUGGGGACUUGACUAUAUUGUUUUGACUUCUGUUGAUAGAGAUGGUGAGUUUGGAUUUGACUCUAGUAUUAUUAGAAUUCUAUAUCAUGUGCAUGUGUUAUCAUACAUAAAAUGUUUUCUUUUCAUAGAUUUACCUGAUGGUGGAUCAAAUCAUUUUGCAGAAACUGUAAGAAAGAUAAAGCAACAGAGCAAUACUAUUCUUGUUGAAUGUCUAGUACCAGAUUUUAGGGGCAAUUUAGACCAUGUGAAGAUAAUUACAGAAAGUGGAUUAGAUGUAUAUGCCCACAAUGUCGAAACUGUUGAACCCUUAACCCCAUAUGUAAGAGACAGAAGAGCUAGAUACAGACAAUCACUGUCAACUCUACAAGCUGCUAAAGAAUUCAACCCGAAUCUCAUAACCAAAUCAUCAAUAAUGUUGGGUCUAGGUGAAACAGACUAUGAAGUAGAGCAAACCCUCAAAGAUCUAAGAGAGCAUGACGUGGACUGUGUGACUUUAGGCCAAUAUAUGCAACCAACCAAAAGGCAUUUAAAAGUUGUAGAGUAUGUCACUCCAGCCAAGUUCCAACACUGGGAGAAAGUGGGAAAAGAACUUGGUUUUCUGUAUGUAGCUAGUGGUCCCUUGGUCAGAAGUUCCUACAAAGCUGGAGAAUUCUUUAUAGCUAGUAUAUUAAAGAAUAGGAAGACCAGUACAGCCCAGUGAGGUGCUAGAAACUAUAAAUAGAGAUGUUUAAAUUAAAGUUCAUUUGUAAAUAAACUAAACUGAUUGUAUUAAUUGUUUCUAAACCCUUUUAUAGUCAAUAUGAUGGUAUUAGUACAGAUCUCUCUCCAGUAUCACUACAUUCAUAACAUAGUUCAUCAAACUCACAUUUUUACAUAUAUUUAAAAUUACGAACCAGAUACCACAAUAUAACAGUGAUUCAGUGCUAUGCUCCUACAAACACAUCUCACCGAAGACAUUUUCUAUGAACAAACAACCCAACAAGUAAACCAAGGCGAUAUACUAAUAGUGAUGGGUGAUAUGACC